GGCUUUGGCAAAAAACGCCGCCGUACCCAGCGUCCGUGCCUCCUAGCAGCCAACCUGCGCCGCCCUGCCGCGCGCCAGCAACCCUUUAAGCGACCUGACUGUGCUAGCUGGCCGAGCCAGCGGCCGCCACGAGAUUAAAACCCAUCGAUGGCCAACCAAUUCCUCCUGGUCCUCGCGGCCGCCGGCGCCCUCCAAAAGCCCCAGACGCCGCCGCGGCGACCAGCCCUGAAAGCGGUCGACGACCCGGCCCUCAACAGCCUCAGCAACGAGCCGCUCACGCACUCCGUGCUGGCCCACGACGACGGCGCCGAGCAUCUGGGGGAUGUCGGCGGCGCGCACCUCGACACGGACCUGAGUUUUUUCGCGAAAUCGAGAAUCGCGUUCACGCCCGCGCAGCGCGUCGCGCUGACGGCGAACGGAAAUUUACAAAGGGUCCUGAGCGCGUACCACAACGAGCGCGUCACGAUCCGCGUGUUAAGUCACGAGCGCGAGUCGCUGGGAUUGUGGCGGCGGCGCGUCGUGCUGGAGCUCGCGGACCGCCCGGCCUGCGUCGCGCGGUCGUCGGUCGUCGCGCGGACGCGGACGGCGAUAGAAGAGGCAUCAAAGGGCGGCGGCCUCGGCCAGCUCUUCUCGGAAUUGGGCGGCAAGCAGGAGUUUUCCCUGCUGGAGGUGGCGCGGGCCGAGGCGACGUUCUCGCGCGUCUACGUGCUCUCGAACGCUCAUUUGGUCUGCCACAUCGAGGAGGUCAUGCCCCUCAACCUCUUCGAGGACGCGUUCCUGGACGGGCCGGCGUGGGAUCCAACAGGUGUGUUUUUGGACGGAGAGCGCGGCGGGUUCGCGUCGAGCCGCUAGUGUUGGCUUUUGUGUUAUAUAGUAUGUUCGUGUGUCU